UGAGGCACCGGCCCUGAAGGAUGAGUUCAGGGUGGGAUGACGGACCGCUUCUGGGACCAGUGGUAUCUCUGGUAUCUCCGCUUGCUCCGGCUGCUGGAUCGAGGGUCUUUUCGGAAUGAUGGUUUGAAAGCUUCUGAUGUCCUUCCUAUCCUAAAGGAAAAAGUGGCCUUCGUGUCUGGGGGCCGUGAUAAGCGAGGCGGACCCAUCCUGACCUUCCCUGCUCGCAGCAAUCAUGACAGAAUAAGACAGGAAGACCUGCGGAAACUCGUGACCUAUCUGGCCAGUGUGCCAAGUGAGGACGUGUGCAAACGUGGCUUCACCGUCAUCAUCGACAUGCGGGGCUCCAAGUGGGACCUCAUCAAGCCCCUCCUCAAGACGCUGCAGGAAGCCUUUCCAGCUGAGAUCCAUGUGGCCCUCAUCAUCAAACCUGACAACUUCUGGCAGAAACAGAAGACCAACUUUGGCAGCUCCAAAUUCAUCUUCGAGACGAGCAUGGUGUCCGUGGAGGGCCUCACGAAGCUGGUGGACCCCUCGCAGCUGACCGAGGAGUUCGACGGCUCCCUGGACUACAACCACGAGGCAUGGAUCGAGCUGCGGCUGUCCCUGGAGGAGUUCUUCAACAGCGCUGUGCACCUGCUGUCCCGCCUCGAGGACCUGCAGGAGAUGCUGGCGCGGAAGGAGUUCCCCGUGGACGUGGAAGGCUCGCGGCGGCUCAUCGACGAGCACACGCAGCUCAAGAAGAAGGUGCUGAAGGCCCCUGUGGAGGAGCUGGACCGGGAGGGGCAGCGGCUGCUCCAGUGUAUCCGCUGCAGCGACGGCUUCUCGGGGCGCAACUGCAUCCCGGGCAGCGCCGACUUCCAGAGCCUCGUGCCCAAGAUCACCAGCCUCCUGGACAAGCUGCACUCCACCCGGCAGCACCUGCACCAGAUGUGGCACGUGCGCAAGCUCAAGCUGGACCAGUGCUUCCAGCUGCGGCUUUUCGAGCAGGACGCCGAGAAGAUGUUCGACUGGAUAAGCCACAACAAGGAGUUAUUCCUCCAGAGCCAUACGGAGAUCGGCGUGAGCUACCAGCAUGCCCUAGACCUCCAGACGCAGCACAAUCACUUCGCUAUGAACUCCAUGAAUGCAUAUGUCAACAUCAACCGCAUCAUGUCUGUGGCUUCUCGCCUCUCUGAGGCCGGUCAUUAUGCCUCGCAGCAAAUCAAGCAGAUCUCCACACAGCUGGACCAAGAGUGGAAGAGCUUCGCAGCUGCUCUGGAUGAACGCAGCACCAUCCUUGCCAUGUCUGCGGUGUUCCACCAGAAGGCCGAGCAGUUCCUGUCAGGAGUGGACGCGUGGUGCAAGAUGUGCAGCGAGGGUGGCCUGCCCUCUGAGAUGCAGGACCUGGAGCUGGCAAUCCACCACCACCAGUCCUUGUACGAGCAGGUGACCCAGGCCUACACAGAGGUCAGCCAGGAUGGCAAAGCCCUGCUGGAUGUGCUGCAGCGACCCCUGAGUCCCGGGAAUUCGGAGUCCCUCACGGCCACUGCCAACUACUCCAAGGCAGUGCACCAGGUGCUGGACGUGGUGCACGAGGUGCUGCACCACCAGCGGCGGCUUGAGAGCAUCUGGCAGCACCGCAAGGUGCGUCUCCACCAGCGGCUGCAGCUCUGUGUCUUCCAGCAGGACGUGCAGCAGGUGUUGGACUGGAUUGAAAACCACGGUGAGGCCUUUCUCAGCAAACACACCGGGGUUGGGAAGUCCCUGCAUCGAGCCCGGGCCCUGCAGAAGAGACAUGAUGACUUUGAAGAGGUGGCCCAGAACACCUACACCAACGCGGACAAGCUGCUGGAGGCCGCCGAGCAGCUGGCCCAGACCGGGGAGUGUGACCCCGAGGAGAUCUACAAGGCGGCGCGGCACCUGGAGGUGCGCAUCCAGGACUUCGUGCGCCGCGUGGAGCAGCGGAAGCUUCUCCUGGACAUGUCGGUCUCCUUCCACACGCACACCAAAGAGUUGUGGACAUGGAUGGAAGACCUUCAGAAGGAGAUGCUGGAGGACGUUUGUGCAGACUCAGUGGAUGCGGUCCAGGAACUGAUCAAGCAGUUCCAGCAGCAGCAGACCGCCACUCUGGAUGCCACGCUCAAUGUCAUCAAGGAAGGCGAAGACCUUAUCCAGCAGCUCAGGUCAGCGCCUCCCUCCCUGGGGGAGCCCAGCGAGGCCAGGGACUCGGCUGUGUCCAACAACAAGACACCCCACAGCAGCUCCAUCAGCCACAUCGAGUCGGUCCUGCAGCAGCUGGAUGAUGCCCAGGUGCAGAUGGAGGAGCUGUUCCACGAGCGGAAGAUCAAGCUGGACAUCUUCCUGCAACUGCGCAUCUUCGAGCAGUAUACCAUUGAGGUGACGGCGGAGCUAGAUGCCUGGAACGAGGACCUGCUCCGGCAGAUGAAUGACUUCAACACGGAGGACCUGACGCUGGCUGAGCAGCGGCUGCAGCGCCACACGGAGCGGAAGCUAGCCAUGAACAACAUGACCUUCGAGGUCAUCCAGCAGGGCCAGGACCUGCACCAGUACAUCAUGGAGGUCCAGGCGUCAGGAAUUGAGUUAAUCUGUGAGAAAGACAUUGAUCUGGCCGCCCAGGUCCAAGAGCUACUGGAGUUUCUCCAUGAGAAGCAACACGAAUUGGAGCUCAAUGCAGAGCAGACCCAUAAGCGGCUAGAGCAGUGCCUCCAACUGCGGCACCUCCAGGCUGAGGUCAAGCAGGUCCUAGGAUGGAUCCGCAAUGGGGAGUCAAUGCUCAACGCCAGCCUGGUCAAUGCCAGCUCUUUGUCCGAAGCCGAGCAGCUGCAGCGGGAACACGAGCAGUUCCAACUGGCAAUCGAGUCCCUCUUUCAUGCCACUUCCUUGCAGAAGACGCACCAGAGCGCCCUGCAGGUACAGCAGAAAGCUGAGGCACUGCUCCAGGCUGGCCACUACGACGCCGAUGCCAUCCGGGAAUGUGCCGAGAAGGUAGCCCUCCACUGGCAGCAGCUCAUGCUGAAGAUGGAAGACCGGCUAAAACUAGUCAAUGCCUCUGUGGCAUUUUAUAAAACUUCUGAGCAGGUCUGUAGUGUCCUGGAGAGUUUAGAGCAAGAAUACCGGAGAGAUGAGGACUGGUGUGGCGGACGUGAUAAGCUGGGACCAGCAGCAGAGAUCGACCAUGUCAUCCCACUCAUCAGCAAACAUUUGGAACAAAAGGAGGCCUUUCUUAAGGCCUGUACCCUGGCCCGACGGAAUGCAGAGGUGUUUCUCAAGUACAUCCACAGGAAUAACGUCAGCAUGCCCAGUGCCGCCAGCCACACCCGGGGACCCGAGCAGCAAGUGAAAGCCAUCCUGAGUGAGCUCUUACAGAGGGAGAACCGUGUCCUGCACUUCUGGACUUUGAAGAAGCGGCGGUUAGACCAGUGCCAGCAGUAUGUGGUGUUUGAGCGCAGCGCUAAGCAGGCGCUGGACUGGAUCCAAGAAACAGGGGAAUAUUACCUCUCAACGCAUACCUCCACUGGAGAGACCACAGAGGAGACUCAGGAACUGUUGAAAGAAUAUGGGGAAUUCAGGGUGCCUGCCAAGCAAACAAAGGAGAAGGUGAAGCUUCUGAUUCAACUGGCUGAUAGCUUUGUGGAGAAAGGUCACAUUCAUGCCACAGAGAUCAGGAAGUGGGUGACCACGGUGGACAAGCAUUACAGAGACUUCUCCUUGAGGAUGGGAAAGUACCGGUACUCCCUGGAGAAAGCCCUGGGCGUCAACACAGAGGACAAUAAGGACCUGGAGCUGGACAUCAUCCCAGCAAGCCUUUCAGAUCGUGAGGUCAAGCUACGGGACGCCAACCACGAAGUCAAUGAAGAGAAGCGGAAGUCAGCCCGGAAGAAAGAAUUCAUUAUGGCUGAAUUACUGCAGACAGAGAAAGCUUAUGUAAGGGACUUACAUGAGUGCUUAGAGACCUACCUGUGGGAGAUGACCAGUGGCGUGGAGGAGAUCCCCCCUGGGAUUCUUAAUAAAGAGCACAUCAUCUUUGGCAACAUCCAGGAGAUCUACGAUUUUCAUAACAACAUCUUCCUCAAAGAGCUGGAGAAGUAUGAGCAGCUGCCUGAGGAUGUGGGACACUGCUUUGUUACCUGGGCAGACAAAUUUCAGAUGUACGUCACCUACUGUAAAAACAAGCCUGAUUCCAACCAGCUGAUCCUGGAGCAUGCAGGCACCUUCUUUGAUGAGAUUCAGCAGCGGCAUGGUCUGGCCAACUCCAUCUCUUCCUACCUAAUCAAGCCCGUCCAGAGGAUCACCAAGUACCAACUGCUUCUGAAGGAACUUUUAACUUGCUGUGAAGAAGGGAAGGGGGAGCUCAAGGAUGGCCUGGAGGUGAUGCUCAGUGUCCCAAAGAAAGCCAAUGAUGCCAUGCAUGUCAGCAUGCUGGAAGGGUUCGACGAGAACCUGGAUGUUCAGGGGGAGCUGAUUCUCCAGGAUGCCUUCCAAGUGUGGGACCCAAAGUCGCUGAUCCGGAAGGGGCGGGAGCGGCACUUGUUCCUCUUUGAGAUCUCCUUGGUUUUUAGCAAGGAGAUCAAGGACUCUUCAGGACACACGAAAUAUGUUUACAAGAACAAGCUACUGACCUCAGAGCUGGGUGUGACGGAGCACGUAGAAGGUGAUCCCUGCAAAUUCGCCUUGUGGUCUGGGCGCACCCCCUCCUCAGACAAUAAAACAGUGCUGAAAGCCUCCAACAUAGAAACCAAGCAGGAGUGGAUCAAGAACAUUCGAGAAGUGAUUCAAGAAAGGAUCAUUCACCUGAAAGGAGCUUUAAAGGAGCCAAUUCAGCUCCCCAAAACACCAGCCAAACAGAGGAACAAUAGUAAGAGGGAUGGAGUGGAGGAUGUUGACAGCCAGGGGGAUGGGAGCAGCCAGCCAGACACCAUCUCCAUCGCCUCUAGGACCUCUCAGAAUACAGUGGACAGUGACAAGCUCUCUGGUGGAUGUGAGUUGACCGUGGUCCUCCAGGACUUCAGCGCGGGCCACAGCAGCGAGCUGACCAUCCAGGUGGGACAGACGGUGGAGCUGCUGGAGCGGCCCAGCGAGCGGCCCGGCUGGUGUCUGGUGCGCACCACGGAGCGGAGCCCCCCCCAGGAGGGCCUGGUGCCCAGCAGCGCCCUGUGCAUCUCCCACUCCCGAAGCAGCGUGGAGAUGGACUGCUUCUUCCCUUUGGUCAAAGAUGCAUACUCUCAUUCCUCAAGUGAAAACGGAGGCAAGUCUGAGUCGGUGGCCAACCUGCAGUCUCAGCCCUCCCUGAACUCCAUCCACAGCUCUCCGGGCCCCAAGCGUUCCACCAACACCCUCAAGAAGUGGCUGACCAGUCCUGUGCGCCGGCUCAACAGCGGGAAGGCAGAUGGAAACAUCAAGAAGCAGAAGAAAGUGCGAGAUGGCCGGAAGAGCUUCGACCUGGGAUCUCCGAAGCCUGGGGAUGAGACGACCCCUCAGGGAGACAGUGCAGAUGAGAAGAACAAGAAAGGUUGGGGCGAAGAUGAGCCAGAUGAAGAGUCACACACACCCCUCCCUCCUCCCAUGAAGAUCUUUGACAAUGACCCUACACAGGACGAGAUGUCCUCCUCUUUGCUAGCAGCCCGGCAGACUUCCACUGAAGUACCUUCUGCUGCAGACCUUGUCAGUGCAAUAGAACAAUUGGUCAAAAGCAAGCUGACUCUAGAAGGAGGUUCAUACCGGGGAAGCUUGAAAGACCCUGUAGGCUGCCUGAAUGAGGGGAUGACCCCACCCACACCUCCUAGAAACUUGGAAGAAGAACAGAAAGCCAAGGCCCUGAGAGGCCGGAUGUUUGUCCUGAAUGAGCUGGUGCAGACAGAAAAAGACUACGUCAAGGAUCUGGGGAUUGUGGUGGAGGGCUUCAUGAAGAGAAUAGAAGAAAAGGGUGUCCCCGAGGACAUGCGAGGGAAGGAUAAAAUCGUGUUUGGAAAUAUCCACCAGAUUUACGACUGGCACAAGGACUUUUUCCUGGCUGAACUGGAAAAAUGUAUCCAGGAGCAGGACAGACUGGCCCAGCUCUUCAUUAAACACGAGCGCAAGCUGCACGUCUACGUGUGGUACUGCCAGAACAAGCCGCGCUCCGAGUACAUCGUGGCCGAGUACGACGCCUACUUCGACGAGGUGAAACAGGAGAUAAAUCAAAGGCUGACCCUUAGCGACUUCCUUAUCAAGCCCAUUCAGAGAAUCACAAAAUAUCAGUUGCUCCUCAAGGACUUCCUGAGAUACAGUGAGAAGGCUGGCUUGGAGUGUUCGGAUAUCGAGAAAGCAGUGGAGUUAAUGUGCCUUGUUCCAAAACGCUGCAAUGACAUGAUGAAUCUGGGACGCCUGCAGGGCUUUGAGGGCACCCUGACCGCCCAGGGGAAGCUGCUGCAACAGGACACAUUCUAUGUGAUUGAGCUGGACGCAGGCAUGCAGUCCCGUACCAAGGAGAGGCGCGUGUUCCUCUUUGAGCAAAUUGUCAUCUUCAGUGAACUGCUAAGGAAGGGAUCCCUCACCCCGGGUUACAUGUUCAAAAGGAGCAUCAAGAUGAAUUACUUGGUCCUGGAGGAGAACGUGGACAAUGACCCCUGCAAGUUUGCACUCAUGAACAGGGAGACUUCUGAGAGGGUCAUUCUGCAAGCUGCCAACGCGGACAUUCAGCAGGCCUGGGUGCAGGACAUCAAUCAAGUCUUAGAAACACAGCGAGACUUCUUAAAUGCCCUGCAGUCACCCAUUGAGUAUCAGCGGAAAGAAAGGAGCACAGCCGUGAUGAGGUCCCAGCCGUCCAGGGUUCCCCAAGCCAGCCCCAGGCCCUACUCCUCUGGCCCCGCAGGCUCUGAGAAGCCUCCAAAGGGCUCCAGCUAUAACCCACCACUGCCACCCCUGAAGAUAUCUACCUCCAAUGGCAGUCCAGGGUUUGACUACCACCAGCCUGGGGACAAGUUUGAGGCCAGCAAGCAGGGCGACCUGGGAGGCUGCAACGGGACCUCAUCCAUGGCCGUGAUCAAAGAUUACUAUGCACUGAAGGAGAACGAAAUCUGUGUGAGCCAAGGUGAGGUGGUCCAGGUCCUCGCCGUCAACCAGCAGAACAUGUGCCUGGUGUACCAGCCUGCCAGCGACCGGUCCCCCGCGGCCGAGGGCUGGGUCCCGGGCAGCGUCCUGGCGCCCCUCACCAAAGCCACAGCGGCAGCAGAAAAUAGUGACGGAAGCAUCAAGAAGUCAUGUUCAUGGCAUACUCUACGAAUGAGAAAGCGGGCAGAAGUGGAGAACACGGGUAAAAAUGAAGCCACAGGGGCUCGUAAACCCAAGGAUAUUCUGGGCAACAAAGUCUCUGUUAAAGAGACGAACAGUUCCGAGGAGUCAGAGUGUGAUGAUCUUGACCCUAAUACUAGCAUGGAGAUCUUAAAUCCAAAUUUCAUCCAAGAAGUGGCCCCGGAGUUCCUUGUACCCUUGGUGGAUGUGACCUGCUUGCUCGGGGACACAGUGACGUUGCAGUGCAAAGUCUGUGGACGGCCAAAGCCCACCAUCACCUGGAAGGGGCCAGACCAGAACAUCCUUGACACUGACAACAGUUCGGCCACAUACACAGUCUCCUCCUGUGAUUCGGGAGAAAUCACCCUGAAGAUCUGCAAUCUGAUGCCCCAAGACAGUGGGAUUUAUACCUGCAUAGCAACAAAUGACCACGGCACCACGUCUACAUCUGCUACGGUUAAAGUGCAAGGUGUCCCAGCGGCCCCUAACCGCCCCAUUGCCCAGGAGAGAAGCUGCACCUCCGUGAUCCUCCGCUGGCUGCCUCCCUCCAGCACGGGCAACUGCACAAUUUCUGGUUACACCGUGGAGUACAGAGAGGAAGGUUCCCAGGCCUGGCAGCAGUCGGUGGCUUCGACCUUGGACACCUACCUGGUCAUCGAGGACCUCAGCCCCGGGAGCCCCUAUCAGUUCAGAGUCAGCGCCAGUAACCCCUGGGGGAUCAGCCUUCCCAGCGAGCCCUCGGAGUUCGUGCGACUCCCGGAGUACGAUGCUGCUGCUGAUGGUGCCACCAUUUCUUGGAAGGAAAAUUUUGAUUCAGCUUAUACUGAGCUGAAUGAAAUUGGAAGAGGCCGUUUCUCCAUAGUAAAGAAAUGCAUUCACAAGGCUACCCGCAAGGAUGUCGCCGUGAAAUUUGUCAGCAAAAAAAUGAAGAAAAAAGAGCAAGCUGCCCACGAGGCUGCCCUGCUUCAGCACUUGCAGCACCCCCAGUACAUCACUCUCCAUGACACCUAUGAGUCCCCUACAUCCUAUAUCCUGAUUUUAGAACUGAUGGACGAUGGCCGGCUCUUAGACUACCUUAUGAAUCAUGACGAGCUGAUGGAAGAGAAGGUAGCCUUCUACAUCCGAGACAUCAUGGAAGCUCUCCAGUACCUUCACAACUGCAGGGUUGCCCAUUUGGACAUAAAGCCUGAAAACCUGCUCAUUGACCUACGCAUCCCAGUGCCUCGGGUGAAGCUCAUCGACCUGGAGGAUGCUGUCCAGAUCUCGGGUCACUUCCACAUCCACCACCUGCUGGGGAACCCCGAGUUUGCUGCCCCGGAAGUGAUCCAAGGCAUCCCCGUCUCCCUGGGCACAGACAUCUGGAGCAUCGGGGUUCUGACGUAUGUCAUGCUGAGUGGGGUGUCCCCCUUCUUGGAUGAGAGUAAAGAGGAGACCUGUAUCAACGUGUGCAGGGUGGACUUCAGCUUCCCGCACGAAUACUUCUGUGGCGUGAGCAAUGCUGCCAGAGACUUCAUCAACGUGAUCCUACAGGAGGACUUUCGGAGGAGGCCCACGGCAGCCACCUGCCUGCAGCAUCCCUGGCUGCAGCCCCAUAACGGCAGCUACUCCAAGAUCCCCCUGGACACCUCCCGCCUGGCAUGCUUCAUCGAGCGCCGCAAGCAUCAGAACGACGUGCGGCCCAUUCCCAAUGUCAAGAGCUACAUUGUCAACCGGGUGAACCAAGGGACGUAGCCGUCUCCUAGCCCUUGGGGUUCCACAUGGAAGUGCAGUGUGAACCAAAGCGAGACUGAAUGUCUGUAAAUAAUUCUGUUAGUUCACUCCAUGCAGUUCUCUGGCUUGAGAGAUGUACCUCUUAAACCUCGUCAGUGGUUAUUCAGGGUCUGGGCAGCAGUAAAAUUAUCCUAAAUCCAGGGGCUUUUCAGAAGGUCAGUUAGAAGAGAGAAAGAUGCCAAGAGUCACCCAAAGCAUUAAAGAGGGGGGCAAGGAUGACAAGAAUGUUAGCUGUUAUAAAGUUUGAACAGUGCGUUCCAAAAUGCGUGGUUAACUGGGCAAAGCCAAAGCUCACUGUAGUGAGUAUCGACGGUUUGUAACUCUGCUGAAAUUUUAAGCAAAAAAAAGUUCUAUUUAACAGAGAUGUCAUGUAUGUCAACUAUUCUGGUUUAGAUUACUUAGAUAUAGUUUCUUAAUAGGAUACAUAUACACAUAUGGUAAAAUAUAUCCCAUUCAGGUUUCAGAGUUUUAUAAUAUAGAGGUAUAUAUGAGAUCAAUCCUAAGUAACUUUGAGUGCUCCAGUUAAGACAGUAAUUUAUUUACCGAAGCAUUACAUUGUUUUGACUAAGCACAAUUAGAUGACAAGUUUUUUAGAGCAUUUUAUAAAUCUUGUAUAGAAAUCUUUUACCAGAACCUGUGCAUUAAGAGAAAGCAAUGUUACCCUUUUGCAACCUGUGAAUGAGAAGAUUUUCCUCUCAGUCACCACUAUUUGAUUAACAGAGGUUCUGUACAUGAAACGCUACCCCCAAAUUCACUGGCAGCUCAGAGUUAAUCUGGCAGGAAAGCCUGCCGGGAAAUCAGUCCAAAUACAGUUAAGAGUUGUGGGGCUAUUUUUAUGUCUACACUCGGUUCGAACUCGGUAAUGAAUAUAACAGGUUCACACAAAAGGGCAAAUAGAAACCUUUCCUACGGUUCCUACGAACAACGGAACAACACUUUCUGACUUCUACAGCUGUAGAAUGCAGUGCUCAGAAAGGUGGCUUGCUUUAUUUCUAACCCCUUGUGGAAGCUAAGGGGUACUUACCAAAAGGAGGCAGCCAUAUAGGCCCUUAAAGGCCUGGUCCUAAGUCCUUUUUGAAGCCAUGGAAUAAAUCUGAUAUAUCACUCUAACACAGCAUUGAGUUUUAACUGUGAUUGCCGUAUCUAUCACCACUCAGCCGCUGAUAUUUCCCCGGAACAAAAGGACUAAUUGCACUUUUGAGGCCAACGCUGCUUUCUGGCAUGUAUUCUCCACACGAGGUGAUUCUGAACUGCCCUUUACCCCACUAGUGGGGAAAAAAAAAAUUCAGCCUGGGCAUUUCAUGAUUGUUUUUCUUUGUUUUGGGGGAAGAUUUGGGGUUUUUUCUUGUGUUGGUACAUGAUCCACCCUUUGUUUUCUGGGAUGUUUUGAAAAUUGCUGUUAUGCAAAUAAUAUUUUAAGACUGUAACUCAAGUAUGUGUCCUCAAAUCAGGUUGAAUGGCAUCACUUCUCUCCUAUGAGAGGAUGGAGAAAAUUCGAAGCGUGUGGCACAGAAGUGCGGGCAGAAGAGUUUAGGGAGGAUUAAUAGAAUUACAAAUCUAUCUAAAUGAAAAAGAAUGGUGGAAACGAAGCCUGAACUUUAAUAUAUAAAAACACUUCUUCCCACAGCGGAAAUGUAGAAUUGAGAAUACUCAUCAGUCGACUUCCUCCUUCACCCUCCACCUCAUCCCAUCCAAGAUUAUAGAUUAAUCAAUUAGUAGGAAGUACAAGCAAUAAGACUAGAUAGCACUUCGUAUUUUUAGGAUUAACCAAAUACCUGGAUACUGAUUCCACGUGUAUUUGGUUCCUAGUUCCAAAUGACCUGGGUCACCAAGGCGCCCUCACUCCGAGCCCGCCCCUGACCGAAACCCCCGUCUCCACUUAAACCUACGUGUAUAUACAAAUACUAUCUGAUAUAAUAUUUUAAAAUUUAAAACAUUUACUAAAAAAAAAAGCCUUUUAGUAAACAUGUCUUCAUUGUGAGAUCUAGCCUAAAAGAAGAGAGCCUGGUCCCAAGGGCUCAUCUCGGGAUGGAGGGCAGGUGCUGAGGGUUGCGAAUACCCAUCAAGUGCGGCUUGGCAAGGUCUGUCUUGUCCACUGUGUACGAGGACUACAGAACUCCCUGCUGAGUCCUUUAGAGUUUUUAUGACCAUGUAAGAGAUGGGCUGAGUUUCUGCUGGAGAAGAUGAGGGCCUUGGACAGUGUGCAGAGAGGGCGGAGGAGCAUUCGCGAAAUCCUGUUGUGGGAGGGCAGCUGACAGAAUGUUAGAGCCAAAGCUUCGAUAUCAGCGUUUACAUCAGAACGUACCAGGGACGCCCCCGGUGUGGGCUUGCGUGGGAUCUCCCCUCCUCCCACGUACUCACGUUGGGGAAGUGAGGAGACAGGAGAGGUGAGACGUAGAAAUGAAAAGUAGUCUGAUUCUGUUAACUGGAGCCAAAGUACAAUCAUUAGACUAGAGUAAAUUUAAUAGAGGCCCUAAGAGAAAGGGUGUGUAUUUUAUAUAGUUUGGUAACUAAAGAAAACAGAGAGGUGCGCUGCCUGGAAAGCCCCUGUUCCUUCCCCAAUAGAGAGCAGUCCUGCUUCAAGAAUUCUCCAGAGCCAGUUGGAAAUAACAAGGAAUCCCCGCAGGUGGGGCUGGGAAGUGUACUUGAGGUUGCUCUGUGGGCAACUGCCUGAGGCAAAAAGGAUUAGAAACCACUUUCAUGUACCUGUUUUGCCAGAUAUUUAUGACUUUGUGGUAGAGAGAGGAAAGAAGAGAAAAUGGUCCACUUCCACCAUAAUUGUCGUAGUUCUUGAAAUCGAAACUUCACUAGGAAUUCGUGCGGGUGAACUUCCAGUUGAAAUGGGAAAAAUUAAUGUUGGUU